AUGCAUCAACCGCCACCCAACUCAGCCACACCCCCCAGCGCGCCGCAAAUCAGCGUGAACCGAACCCAACUGCAAGUGGUGGAGAAUUUCCCGUACCUGGGCAGUACCCUUUCCCGCAACAUCAAAAUCGAUGACGAAGUCGCCAACAGGAUGUCGAAAUCCAGUCAAGCCUUCGGUCGCCUCCAGAGCUCAGUUUGGAAUCGUCAUGGUCUCCAACCGAGCACGAAGCUAAAGAUGUACAAGGCCUUCAUCCUGCCGACGCUGCUGUACGGAGCGGAGACUUGGGUGGUGUACACAAAGCAGGCACGCCGACUGUACCACUUCCAACUCAGUUGUCUUCGUCGCAUCCUGAGGCUGAACUGGCAGCAUCGAAUCCCCGACACUGAUGUGCUGGAACGGACGGGAAUCCUCAGCGUCUACACCAUGCUGAGACAAAUGCAGUUGCGCUGGAGCGACCACGUGGUGCGCAUGGACGACGAGCGACUACCCAAACGACUCUUCUACGGAGACGUCGCGACGGAUUCUCGCCGCCAAGGAGACCAAAUUCGUCGAUAUAAGGACACUCUGAAGUCCUCCCUGAAGCGUCUGCAAAUCAACCCGACCAACUGGGAAGAGCUCGCACUCGAUCGACCGACCUGGAGGAGGACAGUGACAACAGGCGCCGCGAUCUACGAAGCCAGCGUUCUAGUCCCUACCCUCUUCAGGCUCAUGUUCUCUGCCAUGCUUAUGGGCACCUACCGUGACGAACACCAGGUGACCCGCAUCGCCUACAGGAGGGGCGGCCACCUCCCCAGUCAGCGGUGGCUGCACUUCCAGUCACCUGUAUCCACAACCACCGUCCACGAACUUCCAUUCGCCGACAACUGCGCCCUCCAAACCACCUCGGAAGGGGACAUGCAAAGAGGCAUGAACCUCUUCGCCGGCGCCACCCGCGAGAACUUCGGUCUGGUCAUUAACGUGGAGAAAACGGUGCUUAUGCACCAACCUCCACCCGACGCUGCCUACGUCGCACCCAAAAUCAACAUGAACGGCGCCCAACUGCAAGCUGUGAACAACUUCACCUACCUGGGCAGCACCCUCUCUCGCAAUACCAAAAUCGACGAUGAAGUGGCCGGCCGGAUUUCGAAGGCCAGUCAAGUUUUCGUUCGCCUGUGA